UUACAGUCAGCCUAUUAGGUAUCCUGGACUUCACUCUGGUAGUGUGCUCAGUGUACAUAUAAGCUACUUCUCUAGUUCGUCUGGGUCCUCGGGGGUUGUGAGUUUGCUGCAGCUGCUUCACUGCGAUCUGACCGCCUGUCAUAAAUCCCAAUUUGAGGAUGUUUGAGCCCUGGAGAAAGGUCAAAGCCUCCGCAGGUCUCAACAGAGGUGCUGGCCCGUCGGUCUUGGCGCAGAGAGAGAGAACUACUGGGAGCUCAUUCAGCUGAUUUUCCUCCUAACCUCAAUAUCCCCAAACAUCCCGUAACUUGUUUACCAUCUGAACUGCUGCGCCCACGCAUGGAGAUUAGAGGAAACAAGCGUGGAUGUGGAUUAUGCCCUGCGCUGGCUGCGUGUCACUGCUGCGUAUCCCAUCGAGGCUUUGAAAAGCAGCCUCUGGAUUCCAUGGUGCUGUCAGAUGAUACUGAUCAUGCAAUUGUUUCAAAUGAGGCACUGAUGUCGGAAAAUGUGGAAGCCAUGAAUCUGAAAAUGUUGAACAAUAAUGAAGAUGCCAGAGGCCUGAGUUAAAGCCCUCCACCAGAGAGCGUGUGUUCCAGGGCUGGGGCUGGACCCAGAGACCCCCGCCUCGGGGCUGAAGGGCCCUCACAGCCCUGCAGUGUAAGCCUGGACCAUGGGGGAUGGAGGCGCCGGUGCAACAGGAGGAGAUGGGGUGAACCUGUCCCACGUCCUGUUCGACAAGUUCACCCAGGGGAGCACGUUCAAGGGCACGCUCAAGGCCUUCCAGGACCUCUGUGAGCACCUGGAGGUCAGGCCCACCGAGUCCAAGAUCUUCUAUCACAAGCUCAAGUCCAAACUCAACUACUGGAAGGCCAAGGCACUCUGGGCCAAGUUAGACAAGAGGGCCAGCCAAAAGGAGUAUAAGAAGGGUCGUGCCUGUGCCAACUCAAAGUGUAUAAUCAUUGGUGCGGGGCCAUGCGGCCUCCGUACAGCCAUCGAGUUGGCUUUCCUGGGCGCCAAAGUGGUGCUGCUGGAGAAGAGAGAUGCCUUCUCCAGGAACAAUGUGCUGCACCUCUGGCCCUUCACCAUCCAGGACCUCAGGGGCCUCGGGGCCAAGAAGUUCCAUGGGAAGUUCUGUGCUGGUGCUAUCGAUCAUAUCAGUAUUCGUCAACUUCAGCUAAUGCUGCUCAAAGUGGCUCUCCUGCUGGGCAUCGAGAUCCAUGUGAACGUAGAGUUCAGGGGUCUUAUUGAACCCCCCGAAGAUCAAGAGACUGAAAGGAUAGGCUGGAGGGCUGAGGUCCACCCUAAGACACACCCUGUCAGCGAGCUGGAGUUUGAUGUCAUCAUUGGAGCAGACGGCAGGAGAAACACGUUACCAGGGUUUCGGCGUAAGGAAUUCCGGGGCAAGCUUGCAAUUGCCAUCACCGCUAACUUCAUCAACAGGAACACAUCGGCUGAGGCAAAGGUCGAGGAGAUCAGCGGUGUGGCCUUCAUCUUCAACCAGAAGUUCUUUCAAGACCUCAGAGAAGCAACAGGUGUUGACCUGGAAAACAUUGUCUACUACAAGGAUGACACGCACUACUUUGUGAUGACUGCCAAAAAGCUGAGCCUGCUGGAGAAAGGAGUCAUUCUGCAUGACUAUGCAGACACGGAGAUGCUGCUGUCCAGAGCGAACGUAGACCAGGUAGCGCUGCUGUCUUACGCCCGUGAAGCUGCGGAUUUCUCCACCAACCACCAGCUGCCCACACUGGACUUUGCCAUCAACCACUACGGCCAGCCGGAUGUAGCCAUGUUCGACUUCACCUGCAUGUACGCCUCUGAGAACGCUGCCAUGGUGCGCCAGCGCAAUGGCCACGAGCUGCUGGUGGCGCUGGUGGGAGACAGCCUGUUGGAGCCCUUCUGGCCCAUGGGCACUGGCAUUGCUCGAGGUUUCCUGGCAGCCAUGGACUCAGGCUGGAUGGUGAAGAGCUGGGCUCAGGGAAAACCCCCCCUGGAGGUGCUUGCUGAGAGGGAGAGUAUUUACCGUCUCCUGCCCCAGACCACUCCAGAAAACAUCAGCAAGAACUUCAAUCAUUACAGUGUGGACCCGACCACACGUUACCCCAACAUCAACCUUAACUUCCUCAAGCCCAGCCAGAUGCGGCAUCUCUUCGAUACCGGGGAGUCGCGGGAAAUGCGCAUUGAAAUAGAGAAUGUUAUCAACACGUCGACACCCAAGUUGGCCCGGAAUGAAAAGUGCCUGCUUGACAAGCAGUUGCCAGAAUCCAUCGCCCGAUCGAGUAAACUACUCAACUGGUGCCAGAGACAGACGGAUGGCUACAGGAACGUCCACGUCACAGAUCUGACAAUGUCCUGGAAGAGCGGUCUGGCCCUGUGUGCCCUCAUCCACCGAUACAGACCGGAUCUCAUUGACUUUGACUCGCUGGACGAGCGAGACCAGCAGAAGAACAACCAGUUGGGCUUCGACGUGGCGGAGAAGGAAUUUGGCAUCUCGCCCUGUAUGACUGGCAAGGAGAUGUCCUCUGUGGUGGAGCCAGACAAGCUCUCCAUGGUCAUGUACCUCAGCCAGUUCUAUGAGAUGUUCAAGGACACAGUGCCACCCGGAGAUAAACACAACCUGAGCCCUGAGGAGAAGGCAGCACUGAUAUCCAGCACCAAGUCUCCCAUCUCGUUCCUGAGCAAACUCGGUCAGAGCAUAGCGAUAUCCAGGAAACGAAAUCCAAAGGACAAAAAAGAGAAGGACGUUGACGGUUUGGGGAAGAGGAGGAAGACGAGUCAGUCUGAAGAUGAGGAAUUAUCCAGGACCAGUCGUGACGACAGGCCGUCCAUCCCCGCUCUGUGUGAGAGAAAAGUGGAAUCUGCUGCCGUAGCGAACAGCUACAAAGUCAAGGUCAUGGCCACCCAGCUGCUCGCCAAGUUUGAGGAGAACGCCCCGGCCCAUUCUAGCGGACUCAAGCGACAGGGGGACUCGCUGCCCAAUCUGGAUCGCCUUUUGCCCCCUUCCCCACCCCAACGCUCUGUGAGAGACCCAGUGCGCCUGGCGCCGGUUCCAGCGUGGAGGAAGAGACGCACACAGCAGCAGGAGCAGCUGAGCAUUCGCUACAAAGAAAUGGUCCAGGGUCAGACGCUGCCCGGGAAAGGGGAGCAGGCCAGAAGUGGUGCAGAACAACUCUCCGGCUCGGGCGCUCGGAGUUGCCCAAAGAAAACCAUUCUGCUCCCUUCUUCCUCCUCCACUUCCUCGCUCUCUCUCCACUCAGAGAAUGUGAGUAAAAGUCCAGAGGAAGAGGAGCUUGAAUACUACGAGAAGCCUCUGAAACACGGGGAAUGGGAACGCCUGCACCUGACCGACCCAGGACCCAUUCACAUCCCUGGUAUACAAGAGAGGGCCGACCGCCUGAUUUCUAGAUUUAAGGGCAAACCUGACAAACCACCAAAGCCUAAAAAAAAGCCGUCCCGUUUCUUUGUAGAGCAGUGGCACUUGUCCCGAGGCCCCACUGAGGGUCCAGGUUCACCAGUCUCCUCUCCUGACUCCAGUAGAAAGGAGUCAGCGAGGCCUCUGCACUCCGAUGACCAAAUGCCCUUAUAUGUGCUUAGUAUUCAGGAGAGGGCCGAGCAGCUUGUCUCUCAGUUGGAGGGCAAGCCCGUCGCACUUCAGACUCAGAAAAAGCCCUCACGUUUCUUUAUGGAACAAUGGUACCUGGCCCGAGCCCAGACUCCCCCCGGUACUCCCCCGUCUCCCUCCGACAGACAGCGCUAUGUGCGGAUGUACACUGGGGGAGUUAGCUCACUGGCUGAGCAGAUAGCCAGUCAGCUUCAGUCUCAGGACGUCCCCAAGCCCCCUCCUGAGAAGAGGGAUUUGGGCUCCCUCAGAAAAGAGUUCCCCGUCAACAUCGGCGGCAGCGACGUCUGCUUCUUCUGUCGAAAGCGCGUCUACGUGAUGGAGAGGCUGAGCGCCGAGGGGAAGUUCUUCCACCGCAGCUGCUUCAAGUGCGACUACUGCAGCACCACGCUACGUCUGUCCUCCUACGCCUUCGACGUGGAGGAUGGGAAAUUUUACUGCAAGCCCCACUACUGUUACCGUCUGUCUGGCUAUGCUCAGAGAAAGAGGCCUGCUCCCUCCCCAGCUCCGAUCGAAGCCAAGGAGAACCAGUCGCCCCAAACUCCCAUGUCGGCCGUAGAUGCCCCCGGAAGGGCUAUGGCAGCGGUGACCCCCUCGUCCGAGCUCCAGCCCUCAGCCCUGGAGGUCAAUGGACUGCAGGAGCCGAGCCUGGCCAAGCGCCUGCGUGGAACUCCAGAGCGCAUCGAGCUGGAGAACUACCGUCUGUCUCUGCAGAGGGAGGAGGAGCUGGAGGAGGUGCCUGAGGAGACGCUGGCAGAGCACAACCUCAGCAGCGUGCUGGACAAGGCCACAGAUGCUGACCUGGGCUCCAGUAGCUCAGAGUCCGACAUGGAGGAGGAGGACGAGCAGGAGGAUCAGGACCAGGAUCCAGACCAGGAGGAGGAUCUGGAGCAGCAUGCUACCAGUCCCUCAGAUCUCGGUGGCGUUCCUUGGAGGGAGGCGGUGGAGCUCCAUGCUAAACUUAGGGGAGACUGUGAUGAGGAGGAGGACGAGGCUCUGGGCGACGCAGUCAGCAGGGAUGGUGAAAUAGAUGAAGAGGAGGAUGAAGAAGAGUAUGAAGAAGAUGAGGAGUCGAGCGAAGAAGGGGAUUACUGCCCCUGGGACAGAGAGCUGCAGUCUGGCCUCUGGCUGGAGAAGCACCUGAAAGACGAAGAGGAUGUUGGUACAUUUAAAGCCAGGAACCUGCUGAUCCAACAGAUCCUGCAGCCUGUGGAUCCCCAGGCCAUCCACCUGGAGUCCGAGGGAGAGAAGGACUUGACCUCCCAGCUCUCCCAGCUCUCCCAGCCCUCUGAGCUCAUUCGGCCCUCCUCCACAGCACCUGCCCACACAUCCGCCCGACACGAGGCAGUGAGAGUCUGGUUGGAGUCCAUGUCUGGAGAGCCCGGUGAGGACGAGGAGCUGGAAGCAGAAGCAGACAGCCCGGAUGUGGAGCCCGGUACAGAGAUGGAUCAGGAGGACAUCCCUUCAGAUGCAGAAGCUGAGGCUCGUUUGCACCAUUCAGAGAACGCUGAAGCACUUCCUGAAGAAGACAGGAAACCUGGAAGUGUGAGAGUGUCCUCCAGCAUUGAACCAUCAGGCACCAGCCCACUGCAGAAAGAAGAUGUUGUCCUUUCCCCUCUCAAGCUAUCACCACAGCCUGAGACACAGACUCCUCUCGUGAAGUCUCCUGGCAGCCGCUUCUUCCCAGAUCCGUUCAUACCUGAGGAAGUGAAGGCUGAGAGGACAGUUCCUUCACCAGCAGCCAGGAGCCCGCUGUUCCCUUCACCUGUCGCUUCUCCUGCUGCUGCUGCUGCUGCUGCUUCUCCUGUCAGUGUCUCUGCCUCGUCGCCCCCCAGCUCUCCCACCAAAUCACCUAUCGCCUCCCUGCUCAACCCAGCAAUCAGGUCACCUGUCAGAUCCCCUGCCACAUCACCUGUCAGCUCACCGAUCUGCUCCCAGCCCACCCCCCUACCGGAGACGUGCGCUCCUAAAUCUCCUGUCUACCCCCACCGCUCCAUUUGCCCUCUCACGGGAAACCCCCUCUCCCCGAUCUGCGCCCAGCCGCUGCCUUGUCACGAACCGUCGUCGCCACUCGCCUCAGAUUCUCCCGUCAGAACUCAGCCUGUCCCCGCAGUCACCUCGACGCCCAUGAACAAAACUGACAAGGGCACGCCGGAGCCCGCGAGGUCCAUAGAUUCCUCAACAGAGGAGACUCCUUCUAAAAAGACAGAUAUCAUUGAGGAGUUUUGGUUAAAGAGUGCAGAGAUAAGAAAAAGCCUUGGUCUGACUCCUCUGGAUCGCAGUAGUAAAAUCUUCGAGAACAGUGUCGUUAAUGCUCCAACAGAGGAACUCACACCGGUCAGGACGCAGUCUCCUGAGGUGUCUGAGGAGCCGAAGCCUGCCCUCGUUGGUCGUGCUGUCAUUCGCAGACUCAACAUCACCCUUGAGGGUCAGGUCAUUACGCCUCUAGCUCCCGCGGAGCCCAAGAGCAAUGGCUCUGAUAAGAGGGACCUCAGCAGCAGCUCCGGCCUGGGGUUGAAUGGGAGCCUUGCCACGAGCCAGACGGCAAACAGCGACAUGUCUGAUUCCACCAUGCUCACCCCGCCCUCCAGUCCACCGCCACCUGUGCCUGCAAAUCAGUCUCCAGCCGUGCUCAGGCAGCAGAAACACCAAGUGUCCUGGAGCAACGGAACGGAAAAGCCUCCACCGGAGCGUGCCAAAGAGCCGGCGAAAACCAAGACUCCUGUUCCUGCGCCGAGAACCCAGCUGAGCCCCGUGUCUGUGCCCAAGCCUGCGCCCAGGAGACUCUCAUCGCCCCCGGCAGAUCCAGAGCCAGCUCCAGUGGUUGUUGUUAUGAGAGAAAAGAAGAAGCUUCGACCGGUGGAGGCGAGGAAGUCGUUUGUGGAGAAGGUGGAGGAGAUUCCGUUUGCCGACGACGUGGAGGACACGUAUGACGAGCGGACGCCAGAAACGAGCAUGAACAGGUAUUACACUCCGCCCACCAGCAAGAGAGAAAAACCUCCUCUGCAUCUGGCUCUAGCGAUGGAAAACGGUAAACCUAAUAUCCCAGGAGCGCCUCAGACACAGAGGGCAACCCGAUUCUCUCCAGAGGCCAAGGAGAUCGCCGAAGAGAGGAUUAGAGCCAGAGAAAAGUCUAUAAAGAGCCAGGUGCUGAAAGACGCCAUGGCCAAGCAGCUGAACAAAAUGAAAGAGUCUGACGUUGACAAGGGUGCCCAGCCUAAAGUGGCCUGGAGCGUAACCCCAGAUGUCGUAGGGAAAAGUAAAAAAUCAGCCGUGUCGCCUAAGACAUCGGCUGUGAAAUCUCUGGAGUCAAAGAAGGCAGAGACUCUGCCGGAGCGUUUCUUCAGCAGCAACAAGAGCCUGGACAGCUCGGUGGCUUCGUCCGACGGCUCUGCCACGAGCAAGAGCAAGAAGCGCAGUUCCCUCUUCUCCCCGCGCAAGAACAAGAAGGAGAAAAAGGCCAAGAACGACGGCAGCAGGCUCUCGACCACCGAUGAGACGCCGCCCAAACACAAGUCGUUGUGGAAGGCCGUGUUCUCGGGGUACAAGAAGGACAAGAAGAAGAAGGACGACAAGUCGUGUCCGAGCACGCCGUCGUCCAGCUCCACCACUCAGGACUCUGGGAAGAAGAGAAGUUCAUCUCCUGGCCGAUCAUCAGAUUCGAAAUCACGCAGGAACUUGAGCUUCUCCGAGGACUCGGACCUGUCCUGUGACGACGUCCUGGAGAGAUCCUCCCAGAAGUCAAAGGCAGAUCGGCAUAUGGACAUCUUUGACCUAGUGUCAGACAUUCACAAGGAGGCGAUAAAGGAGGAGAAACUGGAGAAGGAGAGGAGGAGGGAGUUUAAGGAGAAAAAGAGGGUGACAGAGAGGCAUAAGGAGAGAGAGCGGGAGAAAGAGGUUGAACGGGAAAAGGACAAAGACGACGAGGAGUCUGUUUAUGUUCCUCACGCGCUGGCGUUCAAGAGAUCGUACGCCACGAAGAAAACCUACACGGAGGAAGAGCUGAACGCCAAGCUGACGCGGAGAGUCCAGAAAGCUGCGCGGCGACAAGCCAAGCAGGAGGAGCUCAAGCGACUGCACAGAGCCCAGAUUAUCCAGAGGCAGUUGGAGCAGGUGGAGGAGAAGCAGAGGCAGCUGGAGGAGAGGGGCGUCGCUGUGGAGAAAGCUCUGAGAGGAGAAGCAGGAUUGUAUAAAGGUACUUAUACAUUACCCAAACAGCACAAAAGAAGAUCAGACUAUUGGGGAGAUUCUAAUUACAGUGAAAUCCUGGACUUGCAUCUGGGCGUUGAGCCCUUUGUGGGGAUGCCACGCCGAAGACCUCUCUCCUUCUGCCCCUGCUGUUCCCCUGAAGGCAUGGGCAAGAAGGACGAUCCCAAACUAAUGCAAGAGUGGUUCAAGCUGGUGCAGGAGAAAAACGCCCUCGUCCGCUAUGAGUCAGAACUCAUGAUAUUUGCCAGAGAGCUGGAGCUGGAGGAUCGACAGAGCCGACUGCAGCAAGAACUCAGGGAGCGGAUGGCUGUGGAAGACCACCUGAAGACAGAAAAGGAGCUCGCUCAGGAGAAGCAGAUCCUGAACGAGAUGCUGGAGGUGGUGGAGCAGCGGGACGCCCUGGUGGCCCUCCUGGAGGAGCAGAGGCUUCGGGAGAAAGAAGAAGACAAGGACCUGGAGUCCGUCAUGCUCUCCAAAGGCUUCAACCUCAACUGGGCCUGAGAACAGUGACAUAACCUUCUCAUCGGGGGUUCAGAGAAAGAACGAUUGGCGUUCUCAGCCUCGCACGCAUCAUCUUUGAUCGGACACGUCUGCCAAAAAUCAUGACACAGGCAGUCGGUGUCAAACUAUCACACCUGCAGCAGUGAAUGUGUAAAGAUUAUACCCGACACAACACACAGAAACACUAUGGCUGCCGCUGACAUUGAAGCAGUCUGUCACGUUUACAUAUCCACGGCCCAAAGGCAGCCCCAGUUAUUCACUCUGCAGUUUUUGCUUGCGCUCUCUCCCUCCGUAAGGGAGAGAGGCAAGUUUUUUUUUCCCACAACUUUAUCAUCACAGCCUUGAAGUGGAUCCUCUCAAGGGGGGGGGGGGUGGCGCUUUGGGAGAAUGUUUAAAGACUUGUUUCAUUCUCGAUUAUCUAAAGGGAAGAGUGCAGUUUGGUCCUGCUGAUGUUAAAGGAACUGUAAAGAGUUGUGUUUUCUGUGUACAGCCGUGUAGAGCAAGUCACGUUUUCAGCAGAUGAAGGUGUUCUGUGCUCUCGCUACAGACGCGUGAGUGUGUGAGUGUGUGUGUGUGUGUCUAUAAAUGCUCAGUCUGACUGUAGGAAGGACAUCCUCUGCUGAAGCUGCCUUUCCAUCCAGUGACAAACUGACUGCUGCACCCGAAUGAACCACAGACACCAUGUUUCUCUUUUCUUCCCCCCACAGCGUUUAGUGAGUGGACACAAAGAGCCCAUUCAACAUGGCCAUGUUUUUAUAUAUUUAUGAAUUUUUGUUUGUUUGCUUUUAACAGAUAAAGAUUCUUUCCUUUUUUUAAAUGUACAUUAACAGGAGAGUGCCCAGAAUUUCAUUAUCUUGCACUUGUGCACGACUCCCAGGCCCCCGUCAGCCACUGCAUGUCAGGAAUGAAGGUUGUAGGAACAUAGAGGAUCCUCACACCGUCUCUAAUAGCUACACAUACAAUACGGACUUGUACUUUCUAUGAACAUUCAAGCACGACACGUGACUGGACUGUGACGGGCCUCUCUGUGAGAAGCCGUUCACUGUGCAUCACACCGAUCCGUUAACGUUUACAAAUACUCAUCCAUGUUAGUUUUGGGGAUUUUUAUGUUUCCUGCGUUGGCAAACUAAAGGAUUCAUCUUGUAGAGAACAAAACUGUCUUCAGGUUGAAAUGAGUUUCUCCCACCUGUUCUCACUGUGAUGUCGUCGUCAUUCAUGAAUCUGAUUUCACUUUUGUUUAAUGGGAGAUUAUUGUAGCUCACAUUACUCAUUUUGUGCCACAGGACUGUCUCUGUUGUUUGAAUAUGCAACAUCAACACAACAGGAGCGUACACUCACACCCACACACAAACACACACACACACUAGACAACACUUGGAUCACUAUAUGGCAGUGUUAAUCCUUUACCCUUGAACAAGAUGCCUUUUUUUUUUUCAUUAUCAUUCUCUAUAUUUAAUUUAUGUUUUAUUAUUUUCUGAGUUAUUUUUGAGGUAGUCACAUCGGUGCAUCCCACUGGAACUCGAGAAUUUUCUUUUUUUUUUUACUUCUUUUAAAAAACUUUUAUUACAGCAGCAGGUCCCCGAGCAAACAAAUAAGAGGAUUUGAAAUGGGGCGCUGAAGAGAUGCAGAGAGCUUUAUGAGCGCCUGGCAUCAGACAGGAGCGUUAUGGUUUAUCUGGAGGGCAGUCAAACUAAUAGCCUUGUCGACAACUGUAAAGAAAUCCAGGUGGUCACUGUUUUACAGCACAGAAACACUAGAGGCUAUAUUUAUGACUCGCUAUGAGCUGUAAAUACAAAGUGUUACAUAAUUUUAAGGGUUUCUCUUGUUUUAGACGGUGUGUGAUGAGUUUGAACUUGAUUGUAUUGAUAUUUAUUAACAUGUGUGCAAACUGUAUAAUAUGUAAAGAAAAUGAAUCCUAAUUUUUAAAAACUGUUCCGCAGACACACGACUCAUAAUGUAAAUGCUUCAUGUAGCUAUAAUGCAUAGGGGUGUUGGAUGUAUGCUGAGAACGGCAAUAAAACAAUGCAGUUGUUCUUUUA